UCUCCGUAGUCCGUACCAUUAACUCCCCACUCACUCUCACGUCUCACCGGCGCAGGAAGGAGAAGUCCUCGUGUUUCGUCCUCUCUCCCUCCUCGAUCCUACCCCUUGCCGGCGUCUUGCUUCUCCUCCUCCCACUUGAGCGGCAGCCGUCGCCGUGAUGUAGCAGGCAGUCCCGCCGAAUCGAUCCCGCGGUAGCUAGCUAGCUGCAGGCUGCAGCAGCUAAGUCCAACAAUUUUAGGGGGGAAGAACCCAAUCUUGUGAACGAAAGAACUAGUCUGGGUCAGCCAAGAAUCCAGCCAAGAUUAUUUCUAUCUGUCCCGCGGGGGCAGUUUAAGGUUUCUUCAUCUGCUCCAGAAACUCAGGACAGAAGCAGUUUACUGGCUAUCUUUGUGUAUUCCAGCAGAUUAUAAUCACUUUUGCUCUCUGGGACAAGAAAGGAAGAGGGGCAAAUCCAAAAGAGUUUGAUACUUUUAUCACGGAUUACUGUUAGUCGAUGGAGAAUAAUAAUGAUGGAGUGAUUGGAAUAUCCUGGCGUAAUUCUAAUCCAAAGGUUCACAGCUCAAUGUGCAGUGAAUUGACAAUGAUGUUAGAUAAAGUCUCUUCUAUUCUUCCCUCAAUCGAAACUGCUCAACCAGGAUGUAAAGCGGGUAUAGAGGAACUAUGCAACCUGUACAACAUAGUUGACAAAGGAAAACUCAUAAUCCAGAACUGCAUUGAGUGCAGUAGUCUUUACUUGGCUAUUACAGGGGAGGCAACUGCAAUGCGGUGCGAAAGGAUAAGAGAUGCGCUGAGGCGAAGCUUGUUCCUGGUUCAGAAUAUGGUCCCGUCAUCAUUAGCUAAUCAGGUGGCUGAUGUUCAUGAUGAUCUUGGGGAUGUGAAAUUCAUUGUUGACCCAGAAGAAGAUGAGGCUGGCAAAGCCAUUUUGGAGAUGCUUCGGCAGUCUGAUGCAACCCAAGAACAUGAACUCCAGACUUUCUUGUUUGCAGCGUCAAAGUUAAAUUUGACGUCACCAAAGGCUAUCUUAAUUGAAAGACGAGCAAUCAAGAAACUACUGGACAAGAUCAAUGGUAAUGAUCCCAAAAAGGAAGGAAUACUCAAAUUUUUUCAAUAUCUAGUUAGGAAAUAUGGAAAGACUAUGAAGCCUGAGGGUAGUGCAAAGAAUGAAGGUGUGGAUGUUGCAAACGUUACUUCGAGUACAAACCUAAUUGCUAGUGGUACCGAUGCUCCACAGAAAUGCUUUUCACCUACAAACUCUUGGACUGGAAGAUGUGAAGAGCAGAAUAAUUUGUCACGAUUUUCUACUCCUCCAGAGUUCUGCUGCCCACUAUCUAUGAAGCUGAUGUACGAUCCUGUGAUAAUAGCAUCUGGACAAACCUAUGAGAGAGAGAACAUUGAGAAAUGGUUCAGUGAGGGAUAUGAUAUUUGUCCUAGGACACAGUUAAAGUUAGAAAAUUUCACGAUUACUCCAAAUACUUGUAUGAAGGCUGUGAUCUGCAACUGGUGCAAAGAUAAUGAGCUUGAAUUCACUUCUUUACCUGAACAAUUUCAUAGUUACUCUGUUUCAAGUCUACACAAUAUCUCAGCACCUCUAGUUGCUGGAACAAAGAGAGAUUACAUGUCUGAUCAUAGCAGUUCAUCUGUUGCAUUAUCUGGUUCUAGUUAUGUAUCAUCUCCAAUGCGGGAAACAGAAGAGUCAAGGACUAAUUCUACUCAGUUUUUUUCAAACGCUUAUUACCAGUUGUAUUUGUCCUUCAGCAGCUUCAACAAGGAGAUGUUUCUGAAUUUCUUUUACGAGCUGUCCGAGCUUCCAAUGGAACUUCAAGUGAAGGCUGUCAGAGAUUUCAAAAGUGUUCUGAAUCGUGAAUAUCAAAUUUGGCGUUCUAUGAUUUCCAAUGGUUUUUUAGAAGCAUUUCUUGAGUUUCUUAAGAACGAUAAUGGAAAAUGCACAAUGGAAGCUCAAAGAACUGGCAUUCAGUUUUUUCUUGCUUUUCUACGUAAUAGCAGGACCCGAAUUCCAUCCAUUAGUGAAGAUGCAGUGCGUCUCGUUGCUUCAUUUCUUGAUUCAGAGUUAAAAACUGAAGCAUUGGAGAUACUCCAUGAACUGCUGCAGCAACCAAGUUGUCGGAAAUCUCGUCUCAUGGCAUCUGUUGUUGCUCCAUCUGUGUUUCUAGCUUGGGAUAGUGCAGACUCCCUGUGCCUAGAACUAGUUUUGAAGAUCAUCUGCGAGCUUUCAUUCAAAAAUGAUGUACAAUCUUUCCUAAUUUCUUCUGGAAUAAUCUCAAAGCUAUCUCCAAUUCUCAGUCAAGGGAAAUCGCCUGAGUGUUGCCUAAAGAUUCUACUAAAUUUAAGUGAAGGGAAACAAGCUGCGGAUCUCAUUAUCAGAACUGAUCAAUGCCUCAGUUCUAUUUCAGAUUAUCUGGACACAGGAAGCUCCGUGGAACGCGAGCAUGCGUCAGGUAUCCUUCUUGCCUUAUGCUCUCGCAGCAUCGACGAUUGUGUUCUUGUCAUGAAGGAAGGUGUCAUCCCUGCGCUGGUCGAUUUGUCGGUCAAUGGAACUGAGGUUGCAAAGGCUUCUUCAAUCAAGUUGCUUCAACUUCUCAGGGACUCUAGACAAAGCGACCAGUUUGGCAAUUCAUGUUCAAGUGAGGUGGCUGUCAAUGGUGCAGCAGAGAAUUCGCCCAUUGGCACGAUCUGCAAACAACCAAUAUCAAAAUCAGCUCGGUAUAUCUCAAGAAAGCUCAGCAUUUUCUCGAAACCUCGAUCGCUGACCCUCGUCUGAUGAGUCGAGUUUGAUUUUGGUUGGAGCUUUGUACAUUUUCAAACACUGCCCAACCAGCUGGUGUACAGUUUGUAGCAGAUAGUAGUGUCCAGAUGAAAUGCUUGAUGGGAUGUUUUUUCAACCCCAUGUACUAGUGUUUCUUCUAGAGUUUGUAUUUGCAGUACUUUUGCUUUUCUUUACUAGGUUGUUUUAGAUAAAGACAUACGGUGAACAGGUUUUAUGUCGAAAGUUGCAUUUUAUUCUCUGCUGUUGCAUAUACAGUUGAAAAUCUGAAGGGGCAGGCAGCACAUGUCAGUCUGAAGGAUGCAACACCUUUGAUAAUAUGGCGUCUUUGUUAUGUGUGUGUGUGCGUGUGUGUAUUUAAAAGGAUGAAUAGUCGAAGUUUAAAUAUGAAUAGUAUUCGGUUACCGUAUACUUUAUUUCCAA